UUUAGUUCGCUCCGAAACGGUGUAAAAUUACUGUGCUGUGCUGUAAAAUGGAUAUGGAUACCUUUUGCACACUACUGUACCUAAGUUUUGGAUUGAUUGGAUGCCUGCACUUGGGCCAGGCAAACGAGCUGGACAGUGUUGUCCAACCAAAUAACGCAACCGAAGCACACUCGAAGAUAUUAUGUAAUCCGGCAUGUGGAGAUAAUAUGGUGUGCGUGGAGCCCAAUAAUUGUCGACCAGUGUGUACACAAGGCUGUGGUGAGCACGGCAUUUGCAAUGCCCGCGACACAUGUGGCUGUGAGCCGGGCUACGAGUUCGAUGUGGAGCACUAUCGAUGCCUGCCCAAAUGUCGGCCGGCGUGUGGACCGCACAGUGUCUGCAAGGAGCGUGAUAUUUGUGAGUGUUUGCCCGGCUUCAGCGGCACAGACUGUCAGCCACACUGUUUCGAGGACUGUGGCGAGCACGGAAUCUGUGUGGCUCCGAACAAAUGUGCCUGCAAGGAGGGCUACGAUUGGCACAACAAGACCCACAAUUGUCGGCCCAAAUGUCAUCCGCUUUGUGGACCCAAUAGCCAGUGUGUUCGCCCCGAUGUCUGCCAGUGUAUGCGGGGCUACGAGGAGCUAAAUGGCAUUUGCCACUCAAUGUGUCCACACGGCUGUGGCCAGCACGGUAUCUGUGUGGGUAUCAGGACAUGUGACUGCGAUACCGGCUACGAAUGGGAUAAGCUGCAGGCGAAAUGCCGGCCCAAAUGUGAGCCAAGAUGUGGUCUGCAUAGCUACUGCGACAGAUCGAAUCAUUGCAAGUGCAACAAGGGUUUUAUGCCCAACGAUUUGCAUAGCCUCAGCUGUUCCAGGCCUCUGAGCUGGUGGGUCUAUCUUGUGAUCGCCAUCAUGGUACUCUUAAUAAUCUGCAGCGUGUUCGGCAUAAUAGUCUACUGCGUGAAACGCGGCAAUAAUGUCAGCUACUAUCCCAAUUCAAAUUUCUCGGAUACGACCAGAAUUGUGGGCUAAGCUUCUGGAUUACGAACAUUGAGCUAUUUAUCAAUUAUAGUUGUAUUUCAUAAAUAUAGCUGCCGCUUUUUAACCGCAACCGAUAAGAAUUAUAAAUAUUUUUAUUGGUUUCAUAUUUUUGAAAUACAACUCAUUUUGCAAUCUUUCAAAGU